AUAAAAGUGGCCCCAUCUCCUCAGUCUCUCAUCCACUCCUGUCACCUCCAUCUCCUUGGGAUCAAGGUGCACGUCCUGCCUUGAGACAUGUCCUGCUACAAGCAGUGCCUGCCGUGCCUGCCCUGUGGACCCUGUGGCCCAACCCCACUGGCCAACAGCUGCAAUGAGCCCUGUGUCCAGCAGUGCCAGGACUCCACCGUUGUCAUCCAGCCCUCUCCCGUGGUGGUGACCCUGCCCGGCCCCAUCCUCAGCUCCUUCCCGCAGAACACCGCCGUGGGAUCCUCCACCUCUGCUGCCGUUGGCAGCAUCCUCAGCUCUCAGGGAGUGCCCAUCUCCUCUGGGGGCUUUGGCCUCUCUGGCUUUGGCAGCCGCUACUGUGGCAGGAGGUGUUUCCCCUGCUAA